AUGGCUCCCUAUCUUCGUACCCGCAAAAGCGAUACCAUUAAACCUACAUCUCCAAAUGCAAAGUCUUUAGCAGCUUCCGACUACGCUGCCAUUCAUAAAACGGUCGUUGCCAGUAUCUCAAAAAUGGGCCCAAACGUCACCUCUCAACUCACAGGCAAAAAAACCUUUCCUUCAUCCAGUAAAAUAGCCAAGAAGCACCAAAUGUCGAGCGCAGUCAGUGCUCGGAUCGUCCGUGAGCUCACCAUAGAUGUUCCCAAAAAAGACAUAAAUAAACGCAAGGCUGUUGCUGCCCAAGUCAGAAACCGCGCGGUUGUUAACGAGAUUAGAAAGAUGGGAGGAAAUCCAAUGAAGCUGCUCACAACUAACUCUGUCAAGACUGGGGUUGAUGUUGGGUUUGUCACUCAAUCUCGUCGCAACACAGCACCAACUGCUCUUGUUAUCGGACGUGUAGGGAAAAAAGCUGCUACUCCGCGCUCCAAAGGAGUUUCACCUACAACUAUGCGCAAAAAAGUAACAAAAACUGUUGCCUCUGAGAUUCAAAAGCUUGGUAAGGGAAAACUUCCCGCUCCAUCUGUGAUUAAAGCUCGUGCUAGGAUUGCCCCAGCCAAAAUUGCUGUCAACACUGAGAUUCUGAAGCGUGCGGCUGUCAAGGAAAUCCGUAACAAGCGAAAGCCAAUUUCGCCUCUCAAGUCUCCAAAGAAAUCUACCGCAUCCAAGAGUGGCGGAUCCCUUGUCAAGGCCAAGACUCAUUAG